AUGAUCAGAAAUUUAAUAUUUAAUAAAAAUAAUUUAAAUAAAAUAAGGCAGUUUUGUACAUUAACAGAUGGGAAACCGGUAGAUUUGGUAUUUCAUGUACAAAAACCAUCACAUUUAAAACCAAAUGAUAAUCAAAGUGUUAAAAAUAUUAUAAUUCUUCAUGGUUUAUUUGGUGCAGGUAGUAAUUGGAAGAGUGUUUCACAUAAAAUAGCAGAUGGUACCAAUUGUACUGUUUUUCAAGUCGAUCAACGAAACCAUGGUGCAAGCCCACAUACUAAAGAGUUUAAUUAUAAAGUAAUGUCAGAUGAUAUAGAUCAAAUAAUUAAAAAACAAAAUUUAAAUGAUGUAGCAAUUAUUGGACAUAGUUUAGGAGGUAGAGUUGCAAUGUUAUAUUCAUUAUUAUAUCCAGAAACCAUUAAUAAAUUAGUAGUUGUAGAUAUUUCACCAUCACAUUUAACCAGUCAUUCAAUAGCAGAGUUUAGAGGGUUUUUAGAAAGAAUGGAUAGUAUGGACCUUCAUAAUAUAAGGACUAGAAAACAGGCAGAGGAAUGGCUAGAGCCUGUGAUUACAAAUAAGGGUGUAAGAUUAUUCAUUUUAACUAAUUUAAUAUUGGGUGAAAACGGUCAAUUUCGUUGGAGACUCAAUAUCAAAGGUUUGUUAGAUAAACUCGAUAACAUCAACACCUUCCCAACACAAUUGGAAAUCACAGAAAUGUCAUCAAACAAUAAAUCUGGUACUUUUUCGAAAGAUACAUUAUUUAUAGUGGGUGAAAAAAGUGGUUUUUUAGAAAAGAACAAAGAUACAAGUGUAAUGUAUUCCUAUUUUCCAAAUAUAAACGAUAUAGUGGUAGUUCCUAAUGCUGGUCACUGGGUCCAUGCAGAUAAUGCUGACUUAUUUUCUAAAAUUAUUUCAGAGUUUAUAAAUGAUACAAAAUUACAAUAA